CGAACAUGAAAAGCCUUGCUGUGUUUUCGCUGCUCUGGCUCAUUGCCUCAGUGUCCAGUGGCUCUCAGCUGCUCGACCGGGAACUCGACGCGGAAUGGGAAUCUUUCAAGGAGUUCCAUAACAAGAAUUACCUGAGUGCGGCGGAGGACUCUCGGAGGAGGCUCCUCUGGCAGCUGAACCGGCAGCAGAUCGAGGAGCACAACGCUCAAGCUGAACUCGGUUUGCAGUCCCACCGGCUGGCAAUCAACUCCUUCGCUGACAUGACUCCAGACGAGAUACUUCCGAACGCCAAUCGACCCGUGCGCGAGUCUCCCCGAACAACUUUCGGGAACUCGUUCGCUUCGGUGACAGGUCUUCCCAAAGCUGUGGAUUGGACCAAGGAAGGGUUUGUCACUCCCACGACGGAUCAGGACAUCGUGGCGUCCGCGAUCCCAUUCGCCGUGACCGGGACCAUCGAAGGCGUGCUGGGUAUCCGAAACCGCAGAUUCGUCCCUUUGUCCGCCCAUCAGAUUGAAGACUGCUACCACGGUGAGAGCGUCCAGGGAGCUUACGAGUCAAUUAUGCAACUCGGCGGCAUAAUGAGCAAAGCAGCCUAUGGAGACUCGAUGGAGAACCGGACCUGCCACUUCGAUCCGAAGAAAACGGAGUGCAGUCUGAUUACGUACGCGACAGUUAAUAAAGCUGAGAAAGCUCUCCAGGCUGCGGUAGCGAACGUAGGACCGAUCGCAGUUGAGGUCGACGCCUCCAAAUUUCUUUUCUAUGAGAAAGGAAUCUUCAGCGACCCUAAAUGUGGAGAGAAGGCCCCGAACCAUGCCCUCCUGGUCACAGGCUACGGUUCCGAGAACGGGGUCGACUAUUGGAUGCUCAAGAAUACAUGGGGCGGUUCUUGGGGUGAAGGGGGCUACAUACGGAUCGAACGGAAUCGCAACACCUGCAGGAUCGCCAACAAUGCAACGUACCCUGUUCUUGCGUGAUUUCCCUCCAGAUGGUUUCUCGGAUACUCAGACGCACCGGGGACCGAGUUCAAGGGCCAUAUCACGCCAGGCGUGGAGAACAUACCUUCGGCGGAAGUUCCGGUUGAGAUGCCGCCCGGGAAGGAAGAAUCACCUUCUAUCGGAUUUUAGGUAGACCGAAGAAAAGAAUGGGCGGUGAAUACGAUAUGAACCCCCCCAAAGAAUACGAUGACUUUUCCAUAGGAGCACCUUUUCGAUCUUACCGAACGCCACAAGAAGCUGCGAUAGCCGUCGAGAAUCAUCAAUAUUAUACCUAUGUAUUGAUCUUCGCGACCUCCUCUCAAAGAUCCGCCCUUCUGAAUUAGGGGUGUAGGGUCUCUGUCAUUUGUAGAGGGUCGUUGCAAAAGUUUUUUCCUCUCCGAAUUCCGAAAGGGCCGCCUCGCGCCUUUGGACGGCGUCGGUUCCUCGUAUCUUCGUCGUGGAGCCGAUCGGAUAUUUUUCAACAAAAAACAGAGGUAAUCGAGGAGGAUCCGGAGAUGUCGAUUUCUGAAAAGGGACGGGACAAAACCUUGAAACGACCCAAGACAUUAUUAUCGUUCGGGACUUGCGGACCACAGUGUCGUGCGGAAAAGUAGACGAUCGGUGAGAGGAGGGGUUCGUAGAGAUUUUCCGGUCGUGGACCUUGUUCCCUACGAUUGCUGCUCAGGCGACUUCACUGCGCACACUGAAUCGUUCCUCUCCCGUGGAACAAUCCUCGCAAUGGAAGUAAAACUUAUGGUGGCUCUGAUUUCUUUCUCCCGGAAAAAAAC